UUUCCCCAUCCCCGCUUCUCCGUCCUCACCACCCAAAAUAAUUUCAUUCAUUUCUCGGCCAGGAAAAGCACUUUAGAUGACGACGUCUUUUGCAGCAGCGAACACCGCAACGGCGGCGGCGGCAGGGGCUUUUGCCAGUAGCAGUGACGCCAAGCUUCAAAUUCACAGCUUUAAUGGCUUAAAAAGCACCGGAACUCCUCCGGCUCUCUCCUCCAAUUCGCUUCUCCUCAGCAAACGGUUUGGUGUUUUUCACUCCGUCUCCGCUUCUCCUUCUUCUUCUUCUUCAGCUCCUUCUUCGAUCGUUCGAGCCGUUUCCACACCUGUGAAACCAGAGACAUCUAAGGAGACUAAGCGAAGUAAAGUUGAAAUAAUCAAAGAACAUAGUAACUAUAUAAGGUACCCUUUGAAUGAAGAGUUAGAGACAGAUGCUCCAAACAUAAAUGAGUCCGCUACGCAAUUAAUUAAGUUCCAUGGAAGUUAUCAGCAAUACAACAGAGACGAACGUGGUACAAGGUCUUACUCAUUCAUGCUUCGUACAAAGAAUCCUUGUGGAAAGGUUUCGAAUAGACUUUACCUUGUCAUGGAUGAUCUUGCUGAUGAGUUUGGCAUUGGAACACUUCGCCUAACAACCAGGCAAACAUUUCAGCUCCAUGGUGUAUUGAAGAAAGAUCUAAAGACAGUGAUGAGUAUGAUUAUCAAUAACAUGGGUUCAACUCUUGGAGCAUGUGGUGAUCUGAACAGAAAUGUUCUAGCUCCAGCCGCUCCAUAUGUUAGGAAAGAUUAUAUGUUUGCACAGGAAACUGCAGAAAACAUUGCUGCAUUGUUAACUCCUCAGUCGGGAUUUUACUAUGAUAUGUGGGUUGACGGGGAGAGGUUUAUGUCUGCCGAACCUCCUGAAGUUGUGAAGGCUCGCAAUGAUAAUUCCCAUGGGACAAACUUUCCUGAUUCACCUGAGCCUAUUUAUGGAACUCAGUUCUUGCCAAGGAAGUUCAAAAUUGCAGUUACUGUGCCAACUGAUAACUCUGUUGAUCUUUUUACCAAUGACAUUGGGGUUGUAGUUGUAUCUGAUGGUGAUGGAGAACCUAAGGGUUUUAACAUAUAUGUUGGUGGUGGAAUGGGAAGGACGCACAGGGUGGAAGCCACUUUUCCUCGUCUUGCAGAACCCUUGGGGUAUGUCCCAAAGGAGGAUAUCUUGUAUGCUAUCAAGGCUAUUGUUGUUACACAAAGAGAACAUGGGAGAAGAGAUGACCGCAAGUAUAGUAGGAUGAAAUACUUAAUCAGUUCAUGGGGGAUCGAAAAGUUUAGAGCUGUUGUGGAGCAAUAUUAUGGAAAGAAAUUUGAAGCUAUCUGUAAUCUUCCAGAAUGGGAAUUUAAAAGUUAUUUGGGAUGGCACGAACAGGGAGAUGGUGCUUUAUUUUGUGGUCUACAUGUUGACAAUGGUCGGGUCAAAGGAACAAUGAAGACAAUGCUAAGGGAAAUUAUUGAGAAAUAUAAAUUGAAUGUGCGCAUUACACCUAACCAGAACAUCAUCUUGUGCGAUAUUAAGCAUGCAUGGAAGCGCCCCAUCAGUACUGUUCUUGCACAGGGUGGCCUGCUGCAACCCAGGUAUGUGGAUCCACUCAACUUAACAGCAAUGGCUUGCCCAGCUUUUCCACUAUGCCCUUUGGCAAUAACUGAAGCUGAGCGUGGAAUACCAGAUAUCCUUAAGCGUGUGCGUGCUGUAUUCGAGAAGGUCGGUCUCAAGUAUAAUGAAUCAGUUGUCAUAAGGAUAACUGGUUGCCCUAAUGGAUGUGCUAGACCAUACAUGGCUGAACUAGGCUUUGUGGGCGAUGGUCCAAACAGUUACCAGAUUUGGCUUGGUGGAAACUCCAAUCAAACAUCAUUAGCUCAAGUCUUCUUGGACAAGGUUAAGCUGCAUGAUCUUGAGAAAGUUUUGGAGCCUUUGUUUUAUCACUGGAAAAGAAAGCGGCAAUCAAAGGAAUCAUUUGGCGACUUCACCAUUCGCACUGGAUUUGAGAAACUCAAAGAGCUGGUUGACAAAUGGGAAGGCAUACCAGAGUCAUCUACUCGAUACAAUUUGAAGCUAUUUGCUGAUAGGGAGACAUACGAAGCCAUGGAUGAACUGGCAAGAGUUCAAGAUAAGACCGCUCAUCAAUUGGCCAUGGAAGUUAUUCGCGGUUUUGUUGCUUCCCAGCAAAAUGGCAAGAGUGAGUGAGUGACUUGAUACAUUGCUUGGUGGAACUUCUCUCUCUCUCUCUCUCUCUCUCUGUUACUGCUUGGUAACUGUAAAAGAAAAGUUGAGGUUUUUCUGCCAUGCUGCAUUUACCUCUGCCAGUAUUAUCACCCUGUGGGGGCCCAGAAUUUGGAUUUUGUCUGUGACGAUAUUGUUGUAGGUUUUGAUUGUUGCUGAAAAAAACAGAGUUGAAAUUUCUCAUAUCAAGAUGAUUCACGAAUUUGUCAACUUGUUUCAUUGGAGGAAAUUGAGUUGUGUGGAGUAUUCUGGGGCAAAAUUCCUAUAAACUGAAGAUGAGAGGUCUACAUGUUAUCGUUUUGACCAAAAAGAAGAAGAAGAAGAAGAAGAAGAAGAAGAGAGGUCUACCAUCCAGUAGCCAGAUUUGAGAUGCAAUUUUGAUUUGUUUUAGGUUUUGUUAUGCAUUAAAGCGCAAAAAACAUCGUUGAAAACCGGCCUUCAUUUCCAUCUA